GAGAGGGGACGAGGACGACCAACCAAAACCCUCCUCCUAUCCGCCAAAACCCCCAAGAAAACCUCCUCUUCUGCUCCUCUCCCUUUACCUGCUCCAAAGCAAAGAUCAGAGAGGGGGGAAGGGGAGACUGGAGAGAGGAAGAAGCAGAGGGGAAAAAAGAGGAGGAUUUGCAGCAGCAGCAGCAGCUGUGAGUGAGUAGAGUGGGAGGAGGGAGGGGGAGAGGGCACAAGCUUUUCUCAUUGGAAUGCAGCAGCAACACCUGAUGCAGAUGAACCAGGGCAUGAUGGGGGGCUAUGCUUCCCCUACCACUGUCACCACUGAUCUCAUUCAGCAGUAUCUGGACGAGAAUAAGCAGCUGAUCCUGGCUAUCCUUGACAACCAAAACAAUGGGAAGGUGGAGGAUUGUGCACGGAACCAAGCUAAGCUCCAGCACAACCUCAUGUAUCUCGCCGCCAUCGCCGACAGCCAGCCGCCGCAGACGGCCGCCAUGUCGCAGUAUCCGUCGAGCCUGAUGAUGCAGUCCGGGCCGCGGUACAUGCCGCAGCAGUCGGCGCAGAUGAUGGCGCCGCAGUCGCUGAUGGCGGCGCGGUCGUCGAUGAUGUACGCGCAGCCGGCGCUGUCGCCGCUCCAGCAGCAGCAGCAGGCGGCGGCGGCGCACGGGCAGCUGGGCAUGGGAUCCGGGGGCACCACCAGCGGGUUCAGCAUCCUCCACGGCGAGGCCAGCAUGGGCGGCGGCGGCGGGCCGGGCAGCGGCGGCGCCGGGAACAACAUGAUGAACGCCGGCGUCUUCUCCGACUUCGGACGCGGCGGCGGGGGUGGCAGCGGCGGCAAGGAGGGGUCCACCUCGCUGUCCGUCGACGUCCGGGGCGCCAACUCCGGCGCCCAGAGCGGCGACGGGGAGUACCUCAAGGGCACCGAGGAGGAAGGCAGCUAGGUAGGACAGCACUGAGCAGCAGCAGCAGCAGCAGCAGCAGCAGCUAGCGGGUAUAACUAGCUAUAGCUAGCUAAGCCCAUGAGGAGGGUAGCACCGUAGUAGUAGCAGCAGUAGUAGCUAGGCGGCGCCGGCCACCACGGCGACGGCGGCGGCGGCGGCUAAGGUUAGGUUUGGUAGCUAGCUCCAUCGAACCUGAGGGUGGUGGUGGCCUUUCUCUGCGUCAUGCAAGGUGGCCACUUGUUUUGGAAAUGGAUGGCAGGUUCGCCUAAUUAAGUUGUGUUAAUUAGUAAGGGAUGUUGCUGCAAUGGUUGGUCGAUCUGCGUAUUCUCGCUGUGUUGCUGCUACAACUGCGUAGUAGUAUUUGAUUUUUGAUCUCCUGUUCCAAGCUGAGGAGA